AUGACCAUAGGUGCAUUGCCUGUGGGAAAGGCUUUGUUGGAUCUAGGAGCAAGCAUCAACCUAAUGCCACUAUCCACAUCAAAAAGGAUUAGGGAGCUAGAGAUUAAACCUACAAGAAUGACUUUGCAACUAGAAGAUAGAUUUAUGAAAUUUCUUUAUGGUGUAGCAAAGGAUGUCUUGAUAAAGGUGGAUAAAUUUGUAUUUUUAGUUGAUUUUGUAAUUGUGGAUAUAGAAGAAGAUAUGAAAGUCCUUAUAAUUUUAGGAAGGCCUUUCAUGAAGACUGCCAAAGUAAUUAUUGAUGUGGAUAAUGGAAAACUAAAGGUGAGAGUUCAUGAUGAAGAGGUCAAUUUUAAUGUCUUUGAAGCUAUGCACCAUCCUAAAGACAAACAACAAUGUUUUAAGAUGGAUGUUAUUUAUGAGUUAUGCAUGGUGGAGAAGAAACAAUUGCACAAGUCCAGUCCAUUGGAAAAAGCUUUAAUUAAAGCUUAUCAAUAUUGA